GCAUCAAUUACGAGGGCGACCGAAACAUUACAAGGAUUUAAGCAGCCAUAGUGAGAAUGGAAGCUUAAUUUAGCAGCUCCGAUCGAAGCGGAGGAUUUGUGCCGCCAUGAAUAACUUGCUCUUACUACUACUACUUGUCGCUUUCCUCUACUGCUCUGGAGCUGGAGCAGCUACGGCUAUGGCGAAGCAGCGACGGCCGGGAUUUCUCUUCACCCGUAACAGAGGAAGAUGCACUCCCCAGUAUUGGAGCAGUCGGAGGGAGGCGUGGCCGAGGAUGGUGCCGGAGAUGUCGACGGUGUCGAAGGUGUUCGGAUCGAGGGCGUACGAACGGUACAGAUACGAUCUGACGCUGCUGGAGGCGGCGUCGCGGAACGACGACGGCGACGACGUGUUCGCCAGCCUGGUGAAGGAGUCCACGGCGGCGCUGCUAAAUUCCUACGCUAGGAAGCCACACUAUCACUUCACCGCCUGGGAAGUCAAGACUCGCCUAAUCCAAGCUUUGGUCUCUAAAGACGCCGCCGCUAAACAGGCUCAAAGCUUCGCCAAUGCAAAUCAGGCUUGCAACUGAAUCACUCUCUACCCAUUUCCAUUGGAAUUAAACUACUGCCUCCAUUUCUUCUGGUGUCACCUGCAGGGGCAAAAGUAGUUUGUACAAAGCCUAGUCUUGAGGGUGGGGUGUUGGUGAGAAGAUGAAGACAAUGGCAUACCUCAUCACUAGUAUACUUCACAUUAUAUUUCCGUUUUCUUUCAUCUUUUUCCUCUCUUCUCCUUUCAUCCUCCUGCUCGUUCAAAAUAACACACACCACCUGAGAACCUAAUUAGCUUGCUUGAUGUGAAAAGGUCAUUGAGAAAUCAAAUUGUGCAGGGAGUGUGGUUGUGAUUUGUGAAAUGUGAAACUUGAGACAUGCUAACAAAGUGUAAAGCGAAAGGAGAAUGAGAAAUCUUUCCUUUCUAAGAGCUUCA